AAAACUCAGCAACUCUUCUAAGCAGCUCAGCUCUCAACCCAAACCCAGAUACCAUGGCCUGCUGUACCACUAGCUUCUGUGGAUUCCCCAGCUGUUCUACUGGUGAAAACUGUGGCUCCAGCUGCUGCCAGCCCAGCUGCUGCCAGCCCAGCUGUUGCCAGUCCAGCUGCUGCCAGCCUACCUGCUGCCCAACCAGCUGCUGUGGGUCCAGCUAUGGCAUUGGUGGUGGCCAGGAAGGUGGCUCUGGAGCUGUGACCUGCCGAGUCAGGUGGUGCCGCCCUGACUGCCGCGUGGAGGACACCUGCCUGCCCCCUUGCUGUGUGGUGAGCUGCACCCCCCCAACCUGCUGCCAGCUGCACCAUGCCCAGGCUUCCUGCUGCCGCCCAUCCUACUGUGGACAGUCUUGCUGUCGCCCAGCCUGCUGUUGCCACUGUUGCCAGCCCACCUGCUAAGCACCAUGUGGCUGAUUUUCAAUUGCCCAGAACACAAUAUCUCGAUGACUUCAUUCACCCCGUAGACCACUAAGAAUUUCUUAGAUCGCCAUGCUUUUUUUUUUCUAUUGUUGUUGUUGAAGCUACUAAUAUAUGAAACUCACAGUUCUGAAUAUCUUGACCUUCCACUGAAGAUCCAGCAUGCUGUGAAC